CCUUCAUCGCUUUCUGUGGGCAAAUAUCAGUUCUCCAAAAAUCUUUCUUUAUUCCGAUCGUUCUAACUCUGUUCUUUUUUCUAUAUGUCCUCUUACAUUCCUUUUCCUUUGGUUACAGACAUAGUUCGUCGGAUUGGUAUUUCUGGUUUUCGUCAUCUCGGUCCAUUCAUCGCUGCUGGCCCUGAAUUGUCAGCCAUUGUUUUUUCUGAUGAAGUAUUACAGGAGGUUGGUCUUGAGGAGUUUGUAUCUGUCCCAUCUUUGUGCCUUGAAGGGUCACCGUACCGCCCAUUUCUGCUUAGAUGUCUACAUUCUAACAACAACACUGCCAAAUACAUUGAAGGAUUAAGACUAGCUGCCCUUGUUGGCCCUUCUGUUCAAUCUCUUGAUAUGCUUGGUGAAGCUGCAAUUCAUAACAUUCAUUCCUAUUUUGCUUUUGGCAUUUUCUAUGUUUUAUGCGGAAAUCCAUCUGAAGGAAGUUUGAUUCUCCAAAAGUAUUUGGAGAAGUUUCAAACUUUCGAAGAAGCUAUUAAUUGCGCUGACCAGGUGAUGACUCAGAUAUCAGACAUGGGUCCAACAGGAAAGCAUCUUUACCGAGGGUACAGGGGCUUACACGUUAUACCACCUUGUGGUUUAGUCCAUUACGGGGGUUUAGAUGUUUGCCCAUCUUGCUUUGUGCUAUUUUAUGUCUUUCAAAUCCAUGACUUGUGUUAGAUAAUAGAUUUUUAAUAUAAAUCUCCUUUUCCAAAUGUGGCUAUGUAUUAAUGGACUAUUACAAUGAUAUUCGAUAAAUACAUUCGAUUAUCAAUCGUGUAUUUUAUCUGUAGUUGCGUUUCAAUAAAUGAUAUUCGAAAUG